UACAAAUUGGAUCCAAACAAUUCAACUUUGAAACAAGUAUUUCUUCAAGUACCUUCCAAAAAUAUGUCAUUGUUUAUAGCGAACAAUGUUUGAGUUACGUGAGUGAUUAAUAAAUUUAAAAUUUGAUAAGCCGCGGCUAUCUCAAUUGAGUCUAUUGAUUAUGUUUCCCGAAAGGUUUUUCGUAAAACAACCCACAGUCUUUGCUUCGGGCAGCUGCGGAACGAAUAUGGCGGACGACUAUAGAGAGACUUCUCCUGUAAUACAGACAACUCAUGGCAAAAUUCGUGGAACCGUCUUAAAAUCUUUAUACGAUGAACUAUUUUAUGCGUUUGAUGGCAUUCCAUACGCAGUUCCGCCGCUGGGAACUUUGAGAUUUAGGGAGCCCCAUGACAUUAAGCCAUGGUAUGGAAUCCGGGACUGUUCCAAGCCCCAGAGCAAGUGCCUCCAAGUGAGCAGCUACACAAAGCAGGUUGAAGGCUCCGAGGAUUGUCUGUACUUGAAUGUAUCUGUGAAAAAACUGGUUAGCGAAAAGCCUUUACCUGUAAUGGUUUACAUUCACGGUGGAGGUUACAAGGGGGGCGAUUCCUCCAGACAAGCCUGGGGUCCUGACUAUUUUAUGAGAGAGGAUGUCAUUUAUAUAAGCAUCGGACAUCGUCUGGGGCCAUUCGGUUUCUUGAAUUUUUCAGAUAGAUCCUUGGAUAUUCCUGGAAAUGCAGGCCUCAAGGACAUUAUACUGGCUCUCCGAUGGAUUAAGGCCAAUGCAACUAGAUUUAAUGGAGACCCCGAAAGGAUAACUCUCUUCGGACACAGCUCAGGUAGCAUGAUUGUUCACCUUCUUUUGGUCAGUCCCCAGACGGAAGGACUCUUCCACAAGGCAAUCCUUAUGGCAGGCUAUUCUAUGGAGCUCAACCGAUUGCCUGACAUGGAAUUUCGCCUGGCCAAACAUUUGGGCUACGAGGGCGAAAACAUUGACAGUCAAGUGUUGGAUUAUCUGAUGAAGGCAGAUCCGAACCUUCUGGUAUCAGCUAAUUUCUUUACGAAGGCGGAGAACGCAACGGGAUUUCUUCUGGCUUUUGUGCCCUGCGUGGAGAGUUAUGCAACCAAAAAUGCGGUUCUGCUUGGGGAGCCCAUUGACCUACAUCGUAAUGCUUGGGGAAAUCGGAUUCCUAUUAUCCUGGGCGUCAAUAGUGGAGAGGGUCUGGGCGCUUUUAUGAGACUAAAUCCAACUCAGCUUAAAGAUUAUCAAAGCAAUCCUGAGCGUGUGCUCCCGUCCAUCCUACGAUAUCGGUGUGAUCCUGGCAAGCGCCGAGAGUUGGGUCAGCAGUUACUGUCCUAUUUUUGUCAAUUCCAUGGCCACCAGCUUACAAUGGAGAACUUAAAAAAUCUGGAUAAUCUGUUCACUCACAACAUGGUUCACUCAAUGAACCGUGUGAUCCAAUCUAGACUGGCUUAUGGAAAGGCACCUUCAUAUCUCUACCGCUUCGAUUUCGACUCCCCGGACUUUAAUUUCUACCGUAUUCGAUUUGGGGGAAAGGAGGUACGAGGUGUUGGCCAUGUGGACGAGCUGGGCUAUAUCUUCGUAAUCCCAGCCACCUUUAAGCUCGAUCAGACGCGACCGGAGUUUACCGCCAUUUGUCGUAUGGUGGCUAUGUGGGUGUCCUUUGCUGCUACCUCGGAUCCGAAUGCGGAUAUUACCAAGCCACUGGUACAGUGGAAACCACUUAACCGAUUUGGGCCUCGCAUGCUACUCAACAUUAACGAGGAAUUAAAGUUUAUGCCGCAACCAGAGUACUCCAAACUUACGAUCUAUGAUCGCUUAUUCGAACAAGCUGAAGUGCCUUUAUUUUAGCCAUUUUCAGUGUAGAUAAACUUAAUGCAACUCACGAAAAGUAAUAAUAAUAUUUUUAUUAUGAGUGAUAAGAUAGUGAAGAUAAUUUUUUCAAAUAAAAAAGAACAAGCCUGAAAACAAGAUAACCCACCAGGCGACUGGAUUAAUCUCUGUUUUCGAGAUUUCGUCUCUUUAGCUGAUAAAAGAAAA